GUCCAAGUGUAUGUCCUGGGUAUUAGGUGCAUUGUUGCAUGCCAAUAACACCCAGGCAGGAAGGAAUGAAUGCUAUGGUGUAGUGAACUUUAAAGUGCUCUGUCCUGUGCAAAUAGAUGCAAAGGCACACGCACACAGCAGGGAGACAAGCAAACAAGAUUACAUAUGCCAGGUUUUUUUAUUAGUGCACUCUCGGCUUGCAAUUGUUUUCUCGAGGAGGUCUUGGACAUCACAGACUGGGUACAUCACACGCAGGCGCAUUGAGCCCAGGGGAGCGGGAGAUCCUCUAGAGGAUCUCAAGAUCCAUGCUGAGUACCACCGUAAUGGCUUCUGA